CCCGGAAACGCUGUCGCUUAAAGGGACAGAGGAGGCAUUUCAGGCAAAGGUUGAAACAACGAAAACAGCUGCGAGCACAAAAAAAAAGACAGGCACAGAGAGGAAGGGACGUAGUCAGCCAACACACGAGCUAUGUGGCGAGACAGAAUGGGAGGACGAGACUGAAACUGUCCGAUUAUUUUACCUAUCAGACAUCCAGCUAAGGUGGCUAACGGCUUUUAGCUUCGAAGUCGAUUUUCGCCCUUCAACGUUAGCUACCUGGAAUCCGACAACGCAGCAGUCAACACGGCAGAGAGAUAACAAAAAGGCCAAACUCCCAGACUACAGGGACGCGUCAGUUCAGGCUGGCAGGCUGUGUUAUUCCUCUUGAGUCCACCUUUUUUAGUUAGCAUUGCUCUGACAGCCACCCCCCACCUCUCUGUCUGGGAGAAACCAGUGGGCUUUGUCCUCAGCUGAGUGUGAUGUCAUGCAGAUCUUUGCUGUAACCAACCCUGAAGGCGAGGUGCAUGUUGUUCAACAGGCCUGGGUCCUGGGUCUGGGCUUGUCCCGUGCACAAUCACUCUUUGACUUAAGUUCAUAAUUGCUAAAACACGCUGGGAAAAUAAAAGAGAAGAAAUGAAUUCAGUUUGUUCAGGGAUUCUGGGUGGAAUGACCCUGUCAUGAUGCCACAGUCGUGCCACACCCUAUGCCCAGGUGAACAAGGAGGGCGUGUCUGGCUAUCAGCCAAUCACAGAGGGAGCCCCAAUAGAGUUACUUCUGAUUCCAGUUCAGAGACAUUUCCUCUCAAGAGCCUCCUGCAUCACUGACACUCCGCCUCUCUGGUCGUAGCUCCAGUGCCCACCUCCUUCACUCCUGCUUCCUCUGGAGUCUUUACAGUUUCCUGGUUACCUAUCUUGGGAUGUUGGCGUCGUUUCAUGGCAGCUGCCAUGGAGAUAGACAGGUUCCUUUAGUAAGCCAUUUUAGACACAACUUCCAGAUGUUGUGCCAGAUGCAGGUUGUCCACACAGGCCGAAUUAGACAAGGACGGGCACAGAGGUGCUGUGUGGCUCAUCUUCCUGAUUCACACUGUUUGACAACAUCCCAACAGGAACUAUAGGACUUCCUAUUCCUGUGGAACAUCUUACUCUGCCUCCUGGCACUUGUGAGGACCUACUUGACCCUCUUGCACAAAAGUUAGUCAAGACUCUUAUCCUCCAGCAUAGAAACCAUGCGGCACAUUCACGUGGAGUUAGCCCACAAAAAGGCUCCAUUAGAGCUUCCAGCCCAGGAGGGGGACCUGCCUCCACCCACAGCCCCAACACAGGGCCUAGACCCUGGGGUCAGACCGGGGGCGCCCAGGCACUUUGGACAGGAGGAGUUGCGGCUCCAAAAGGUCUACCAGCUCUCCAUUUUCUCCCAGUUGGGGGGAUUUUCUACCUCCACAGAAUCCCACACUGAUACCCAACAGAGGUCUGUCCGGUUGGGCGUGAAAAGGGGUUUAGAGGAGCCCCAGUUGAUGCAUAAGCGCCCCCAUCUGGGGGACUCCUCAGACAAGGAGGCAUUGGAGGGAGGAGUGCUGUGUGGGCCAGCCCCAGCUCAAGGUGUUGGGAUGGGGUUAGCGAUUGGCCCUAGUGGGCCUGGUUCUGUAUACUCUUACACACAGAUGGAGCACAGAGACUCUGAGGGGGGACUGUCACCCAGGUCUCCACCCCUCUCCCCAAGCCACAACCCCUCCCGACGCCCAACUCAGCACAAUCAUGACAGGCCCAUUCCUGAUGUAUUUGCUCCACUCUCACCUAAAUCACCCCCAAUGUGUGAUCCACACGGGCAUCUCUGUGACCAGGGCCAUUCCCUCGGAAGCUCAGCCAGGACUGAGCCACCUAGUGGGGGCCACACACCCACCUACUCACUAGGUAGCCCUGGAAAUGAGAGCUGUAGUAAUGGCUCAUCUGGAGGCCAGCCCAGCCCCCACUUAUAUGAAAUGUCCACGUAUGAAACUCCCAACCCUGCCAGCCCCACCAGCCCUCCAGGACCUUUCUCCCCCCCACACCACACAGAGCUGCAGGAACCAGGGGAGGCCACCGAAUGGGAUGUUGGACUUGAAUCCUCCCCACCUGAGCGUAGUGCCACCCAGGCUGCAUCCUCUGCCUCUAAUGGCCUGGCUUCCUGGGAGAAAACUCCCAGUAGUAAUGGCCACCGUCUAUCCUCCGGAGGGCACUGGCCAGCCAAAAAGAGGCUGCUGUCCCCGAGUGACACAGGGGAGUCAUGUUCAGAAGAUGAGGGACCCUCCACAUCCAAGAGAAGCAGGUUGUCAUUGUUGGCUCCAGGACUUGGCCCAGCCUCAUGUCGCAGCACUGAUGCUAAAGCUGCCCCUUACUGGAACCACCUGCUGCCCUCUGCAUGGGACCGGCCUAAGACUGCCACAGACUGUACAAGGUCAGGGAGACGGCUAAAAAGUGGGCUGCGGCUGAAAAGUCGGCAGCUUCGCAGCGGCAGACACACAGACACUGGCCGCUCCACACGUUCCAGUUGGCCCUCAUCUUCCAUCAGCAGAUCACUACUUGGCAACUUUGAGGAGUCCAUACUGAAGGGACGAUUCUCCCCAUCAGGCCGGAUUGAAGGCUUCACGGCGGAGAUUGGUGCCAGCGGCUCCUAUUGCCCACAGCAUGUCACCCUGCCUGUGCAGGUUACGUACUACGACAUCUCAGAGCACAGUGCACCGUCACCCUUCCUGGGGGUGAUAUCCCUCGAGCCUCUUGGAAAGAAAGGAUACAGCAUACCCAAAGCAGGGACCAUUCAAGUGACCUUAUUUAAUCCCAACAAAACUGUGGUGAAGAUGUUCCUGGUGACCUACAACUUCAGCGACAUGCCUGUCAAUCACAUGACCUUCCUGCGCCACCGUAUCUUCCUGGUGCCUGUAGAGGAGGGGGUUGAGGGGAAAGGCGAGGCGUCUCCAGGGGGCGGAGUGCUAGACAGGAAGAAGAUUCUCUGUUACCUGAUACAUCUCAGAUUCCAGAGCUCCAAAUCUGGGAAGAUCUACUUGCACAAUGAUAUCCGGCUGCUAUUCUCCCGCAAAUCCAUCGAAGUGGACACAGGGAUCCCUUAUGAGCUGAAAUCUUUCACCGAGGUGCCAAGAAACCCUAAAUACUCCCCCCGCGUGUGACCCCAGCUUGACCCUUUGACCCUCCCCAAAGCCAACACAGCCCCUCCUGUGCUUCCUAAAGAGGAGGGAGGGAAACAGACAGACUGCUAGAAUGAUGGACACAAAACUCGAUAAGACUUUAUGAGACACGUCAACAUGCAUACAAGACACAUGUGCACAUAGGAUACAAUGUUGGUAAAAGUCCUGCUUUUUAUGCGUUUAUUCUCCAUUGAAAGUAGAAACAAAUUGGUGAUAGAAAAUGUCACUCAACCAAACACGGCAUUCCUUGUAUCUUCCAUUCACUGAAAAUAUUCAAAAUAUUAGAAAUAUUAGUGUAGGAGCAUUCCAGCAUGCAUGCAGUCAAAGGCAGGACUUUUAUAACACCUUCAUCUGUUCAAUGAAAGAAAUGCACAAACACUGACACACACACCAAAACAGACUGACAAGACUCAUGCACAGCACAAUACCACACACGUCACAGCUGAAAAACUUCUGGCGGAGACUCUCUGAGUUCAGUGUUAACAUGCAUGCCUUGUGACUUAAACACCUGAAGUUUCCUCUAGUGCCGUAUCACACUGUCCUUCACUCUGCCUGCAGCUCCAACUGUCUCAUCUGACCAAUUACUUCCACAGCUUUUGAUUUGACAAAAAUGCCACAAACAAUAAGCACAUCCCUGAUUGUGGGGUGAAUAAAAUGAUUACCCCAUCUCCACUUUUCACACACUCACGCACUUUCUGACCAGCAGUCAGAAGAUGAGCGGAGACACAAACACUAGUGACAGCAAAGGCUGAAAUGGAAUUUGCCAUUUUGAUCGGAUGUCUUAUCAUUUAACCCAUGACAAACAACACACCAACAUGAUUUGACCAAACUCAGGACAUCUGGUGAAGAAUACAUUUCUCUUCUUACCAUUUCACCCAUGAUACAGACCACUGUGUACACCUCAAGCCAGGAGGAUCAUACCAUGUCAUGAAAAAGAGGGGAAUCCAGUUCAUUUUAUGUAGCCAGACUGAGGGACACUGUGCUGUUUUCUUUUGUUUUAAUUUUCUUUUUUUUAGAUUCUGUUCAGAUCAGUCUGACGAAAGAAAAAAACAAAAAGCUGUAGUAUUUUUAAUUUAUGUUUUCGCAAAUGUCUUAAUAAGCAAUAUGCUGCACAAAGUAGAGUGUGUUUUUCAGCCGGACAAGCUUUCUCUCUGGAGGGGGGAACAGAGAAAGUGGAAAGUGAGUGAGGGAAGGAAUGGGGGGAGGGAAGAUAGGGGAGGGAAGGGUGGUGGGGUAUUUAAUAUGGGGAAAAAGUCUAUGUAUAUUUAAAAGAAUAAACUCUGCGACUGGCGAGUA